UGCCAGUACAGAAUAUAGAACUUCAGAAGUCGUUGUGACCAGUGGUGACUGUUGCAUUGUUGGCCCUUGGCCCUUGGAUUAUCGUUGUAGUUUGGUUUGGUGUUCUCGUUAUCCCAUAAGCUUUCAGCGUCAGUUCCCACUCCUAUUUUGCAGCAAUGGCUGAACGCUGGAGAGAUUUGGAUGUAACUGCGAGCUCGUUGCUGGACGCUACAUCGGUUAGGGAUCCGAUUCACAUGACUCGCAGCCGUGAUGUGCUUAUUAAUGCAGCAAUUGGCCGAGGUAAGCCGAGUGGGCCUGGGCCAGUUCAGCCAAAUCCAGGAGGGAUCUGCUUGCCUCAAGGCUUGGUGGAGCUGGAGCUGCGUGCGCAAGCUGCAGCUGCAGACCUGCGGAACUCGCGCAACGCACGAACGACAUCGACGACCACUGCAGAUGGUGGCAGCAGCAGCACUACAACCGGUAUUCACAGUCGACCGCCACGCACUCCUGGCACAGCAGCUAGUCCAGCUGCACUGAUGUCAUCAGACAGGAUAUCACCAGCUGCAGCAUCACCAGCAGCGGCAGCCAAUGUGAGCAGUCACAGUGCAGGGUCUGAGCCUACUAGCUUAUCCCAGUCCAGUGGCCACGCUGCGGCUUCGCCAAUCCGGCCGCCAAGUACGGACGAUGCGGCAACGGUGUCAGUAUCUACCCCUACAGCUCAGCCCAAUAGUCCUGGGAUGCCGUGUUCCGCCGGGGCCGCUCAGCCUAGUACUACGAGCACAACUGCGUUGGCUACCAGCCCGGCAACUAGCAAGGACACACCGGCCAGCCAUGACACAGCACCGGCAACACACACAGUACCUACUCAGAGCUACGAUGAUACAGGGUCAGCAGAGGCGGCUGCUGUUCCUCAGGAAAGCAAGACGAUGGAAGUGGACGUGAACACGCUACGCAUUGCUCAUAUACACCGGGAUUGUGACAUUACGGGACUCAUCGAGGAGUUUGCAAAUUUUGGUGGUGUUUCGCAGUACCAGUGUUUGCAAGCUAGUCCGACGGAUGACAAAGUUCUGCUUGUCAGAAUGGGGGAUGAGCAGAUGUGUGAGUGGAUCAUCUCCAGUUACGACGGCACUGAAGAAUUUUCUGGUCGCCAGCGCAUAUCUGUGGACUACGCUAUACCCAGAUGACAUUCGACGAUACUACUAACUUAGUUCGCACUGAAUCUCUCAAGAUCUGCUCUGAUCACGAAAUCAUGGUAACAAAUGGACGCUCGGGGGAUUUCCCUUCCAGUCAAGAAGAGCCAUUGCAGGGUUUACCUACUACAUUGUAGUCGGGGAGGCGCUGUCGUUUGUCCUGUUGUGCUGCUGACCUUGUCUCGGCAUAUAGUCUUGUACAGUGUAUCUUGUCUGGUGCCUCACGGAGUGCGGGACAACAAUGCAAGCGACAUCUGAGGAAUCGGAAUGAUUUUCACAUCGUUUUCGUGCCGCUGCCAUACGCGUGUGUGUGUGUGUGUGUGUGUGUGUGUGUGUGUGUGCACGUGUGUGUGUGUGUGUGCGUGUGUCUUUGUGGCUCUGCAUUUAUGUCCAGUCCUGACUUUCUCUGCGAUCUCUGUGUCUUAUCAAGUUUUCGUUGACUCCAAUUAUUUUUUUAUACAAGAACUUUUUUAUCAGUUGCCUGCCUGUCCUGGUUUAUAUUCAAUAUGCCUGCCUGUCCUGGUUUAUAUUCAAUAUGGUCAAUCUUCUGUUUUAUACGCAGCAUACAGUGAGCUUUUUACGUGAAUUUUAUUUUAUUUUUUAUGUUUUAAAGUUUUUUUGUCUUGCUAAUUUUAGUGUCUGGUAUACUCUGCAAGGCUGCGCCGCCAUGUCCUGUCCGACAAGGGAACUUAUCUGCUCCCUGAAAACUGAGAAGACGUAUGUCUGUUCUCUA